AAACGAAAUUGCAGACAUUCGACCCAUUUUAUGUAGAUAAUACUACUAUACAUAAAUACAACGUUUAACUAUAGUUUUCAUUCGUCUCUGUGAGGCAAUCAUGCAGGUUUUUAUUGCGUAUAUUUUGACUGCAGGUUGUGCUUUGCUUUGCGUGAGUGAUGGUUGUGUGGAUAAGCUUCCGGACUGCGCUGAUUUUACAUUAAAUGCCUGUAAGGCCCCUUUUGUGAAUUGGGCCCACGCAAACUGUCCAGCAUUUUGUGUAUUUUGCCGUAGAGAAUGUCAAAAUAAAAGGACAGAUUGUCGUGAAUAUGGACAACAAAUGUGCCAAGCACCAUACACAUCAUGGGCCAAAAAAAAUUGUGAAGAAUAUUGUGGAUUUUGUGGAAGAGAUUGGAAAUGCGUUUAUAGUCCUUGGUUUGAUUUGACACCUUGCCCAAAAACUUGUAAUAACGAUGGGAAACUUCAAGUGAGAAAGUACACCUUAGUCCCUCAUGACACUCCUCUAGCAGAUAAUUGUGAUAAAAGUUUAUUACGGAGGAAGAAAUGUAACAACAGUCAUUGCACAACGCCCACUUUAACCACAACUCUUGUGCACGAUCCUUUAGUUGACGUAAAUCUGGCUCCUAUAGUUGCUGGUAUUGCUACUGGUGUUGGCGCUGGUGUUGUAGGGGCUGCAGCCUCAGUAGAAACAGGCGUAGGCGCUGGUGUUGCAGGGGCAGCCUCUAUUGAGGCAGGGGUAGGCGCUGGUGUUGCAGGGGCAGCCUCAAUCGAAGCUGGUAUAGGCGCUGGUGUUGCAGGGGCAGCCUCAAUCGAAGCAGGCAUUGGCGCUGGUAUUGCGGGGGCAACUGCAAUAGAAGCAGGCGUUGCGGGAGUAGCAGCUGUAGAGGCAGGUGUUGCAGCCAGUGCUACCAUUUUAGAAUUUCUCCCUCUUUUAUUAGGAUUUUUCGGGAAAAGAAACGUUAACGAACAAACUAGGGCAUUAGAAAAUCUAGUGUUAGCUAAUCUGGAGAAUCAAAGUAUUAAAUAAAAUAAUUUUUGUUAAUAAAUUAAACACAAUGUU